AUGUUCCUCCCCACGCUCGAUGCACUCUUCACUAGGAUGAGUGCAUCGGCGUCGGCAGUGGGUGCGCUCAUCGCCAACUGCAGUGGGUUCUACACCGCGCCAUCGCUCAUCGCGAUCAUCACAGCCCACUACAGAAUGUGGGGCGACGUCAGGACAUUCAACCUCUCCGGCAUGGGCUACAUCACGGGUGUCGUCGUUGUCAACAUCGCACGAGGCGUGCAGAGGGCGCAUGCUACUUGGUAUGCUAUUGUUGUCACCGAGAUCGUCACAGUCGGGUGGUACAGUGGGAGAGACCGCUGCAAGCUCCUCCUUAACUACUUCUUUCGCACCUACUCUGUCAAAUAA